GUCUGUGCGCUCCUGCGCGGUCAGUCUUCCUCCCGCCGAGCCCGGCACGCGCGGCCGCGAUGAGCUGGGAGUUGCUACUGUGGCUGCUGGCGCUGUGCGCGCUCGUCGCGCUCGUGGUGCAGCUGCUGCGCUUCCUGCGGGCCGAUGGCGACCUGACCCUGCUGUGGGCGGAGUGGCAGGGGCGACGCCCAGAAUGGGAGCUGACCGAUAUGGUGAUAUGGGUGACUGGAGCGUCGAGUGGGAUCGGUGAGGAGCUGGCUUACCAGCUGUCUAAACUGGGAGUGUCCCUUGUGCUGUCCGCCAGAAGAGUGCAGGAGCUGGAAAGGGUGAAGAGAAGGUGCCUUGAGAAUGGCAAUUUAAAAGAAAAAGAUAUACUCAUUUUGCCACUUGACCUGACUGACAGAAGUUCCCAUGAAGCCGCUACCAAAGUGGUUCUCCAGGAGUUUGGUAAAAUCGACAUUCUGGUCAACAAUGCAGGAAGAGCCCAGCGUUCUUUGGUUGUGGAAACCAGCCUGGAUGUCUUCAAAGAGCUAAUAGAACUUAACUACUUAGGGACGGUGUCCUUGACAUUGUGUGUUUUGCCUCACAUGAUCGAGAGGAAGCAAGGAAAGAUUGUUACUGUGAAUAGCCUCCUGGGUAUCAUAUCUGCACCUCUUUGUACUGGAUACUGUGCCAGCAAACAUGCUUUGCGGGGUUUUUUUAACUGCCUCCGAACUGAACUUGCUACAUACCCAGGUAUAGUUGUAUCUAACAUUUGUCCAGGACCUGUGCAAUCAAAUAUUGUGAAGAAUUCCCUAGUUGGAGAAUCCAAAAGUAAAUACAUUAAAGGUGAUCUAAGGAAAAGCAAAGAACCUUCAUCUUUUGUUGAGCCUGCACCAUCUUCUCUGACCAUAGUUGUUGAUACUGACCAGUCCCACAAGAUGGCGACCAGUCGUUGUGUGCGGCUGAUGUUAAUCAGCAUGGCCAAUGACUUGAAAGAAGUUUGGAUCACAUAUCAGCCUUUUUUAUUAAUAACGUAUUUGUGGCAAUAUAUGCCAACCUGGGCCUGGUGGCUAACCAACAAAUUAGGGAAGAAAAGGAUUGAGAACUUUAAGAAUGGUUUGGAUGCAGAUAUCUCUUACUUUAAAUUCUGGAAGACAAAACAUGACUGAAGGAGGAGUACUUGUAUUUUUUAAGCCACCAGAGGUAGAAUUGAAAAACAGCAAUCUUCUUAUACACUGAAGACUAACUUACAAUUUUACUUUCAGUAGAUAGAACUUUUCUUUCAAUAUGUAAUAAUUAAUAAACAAUUACCAUGAAUCUUGCAAUAAAAAUAUUAACAC